UUGGUUGUAGUUUCUAUAAAUCGACUGUUAUAUAUGACUACGUCUGAGGGUGUGGGUGGGUGUGGGUGUAAGUGUGGGUGUGGGUGUGGGGUGUGGGUGUGUGGGUGUGGGUGUGGGGUGUGGGUGUGGGUGUGUGGGUGUGGGUGUGGGGUGUGGGUGUCGGUGUGGAUGUUAAUGUUCUUUUCAUCCACAGCCAAACUCAUCCACACCCACACCCACACCCACCCACCCACACCCACACCUACACCCACCCCCACCCCCACACCCACCCACACCGACACCCAUAGUCACACAUACCUACACCCACACCGACACCCACACCCACACCCACACACCCACACCCAUACCCACACCCACCCCACACCCGAAUAUCGGAGGAGUAUGGUAGAAACAUCGAUAGCCAAAGUAAUGAGAUCACUUGUCGCGCGUUCAUGUGUAACUCAUCCGUUUUUUUUUACCCACAUGCGUUUAUAUUGCUUGUUAAGGAGCAAGUAAUGUUCAGUCUGAAACUAAAAGAGGUAACGAAGUAAUCGAUCAUAAAUAUAAUUUAUCUUCGUAUUACACUCUUUCAUUCUCAAUCUUCGGUGGUUCUACUGCGACUUGUGACAACUAGUAAUAUUAAUUCAAAAAUAAUUUUAUUUCUAAUUUUUAAUUUCUGUUAUUGUUUUUAAUAAUGAAAUUUUUUAAUUGUAGAAAGGACUUGAUUUACAAGGCCAAAGUUUACUUCAUUUCUAUGUCACAAACUGGGAAUAUUAUUGAUUUUCAAGUAAAGGAACAAAUGAUUUUUGCCAUUAUCUAAAUCGACAUUGGGUACAACGAGUAUAUAAUUCAGGAAGAAGAGAUGUUUAUGAAGUUUUCUUCGUAAGUAAAGUUAGAUUCUUUAUCUUUCCAAAUUAAUUAUAAAACUAAUAUAAUUUGAGAUGGCCAUGGAAGUUUGGCAGUUUGUUUUCUUUCAAAUAUUGCAAAGUCAAAUAACAUUAGUAUGUCUUCAAUUAAUCAAUGCUGAACGUCAAAAUGAAAUUAUUAAUACUCGAUUAAUUCGUGCAGUUGUACAAAGUUAUAGUAAAGAUCAAGAUUCUUCUUUUUUCUUGAAAUUUAUGUGGAAAAUUUUAGUCGAAUUUGGCUUCGAUAAAGAUUCAUAUGUACCAUAUUAUAAUCGUCCAAUAAUAUGUUGAACAUUGGAAAUUUACAAAGAUUACUUUGAAGUACCAUUUCUACAAUAUACAGAACAAUUUUAUCGUCAGGAAGCAGCUCAUUUUCUUGUUCACAACUCUGUGACAAAAUAUUUGAAAAAAGUUUACAAUUUUCUUUUAUAGAAACGAUAAAAAAUCUAAUCUUAUUUAUAUCAGGUAGAACAACGUUUUGAAGAAGAAAUACGUCGAGUAGAAUCGUAUUUACAUCCAUCAACAUUAGCACCAUUAAUGAAAAAUCUUGAGCGAGUACUCAUUCAUGAGCAACUUGAAGCAAUCUAUACUCAAGCAAAAGCACUUUUACACGAUGAAAACUAUUCAGAUUUCGCGUGUUUAUUCAAAUUAGUUGGUCGAGUACCAAAUGCGAUUGUUCAAUUGAAAAAAUUUUUGAAGACAAUUUUCAUCCAAAAGGCUUGGGGAAAUUUUAUUAAUAAUAAUCCAAUAACAGAAGCUGCUAAUAAUGCAAGAAAAUCAGCUCAUUUCUCUACUCGUGCAUGCAGUACUGGCUUGCAGUACAACACAACAAGACCAUCGAUUCCGCCACAACUCGCUCUUGUGAUACCAGCUGUAUCACUUCUGGUAGAUUGGGAGGAUUUUACUCAAGAAUUAAAGGUCACUAAUCCUGACAUAAUAAAUGCUAUCCGAUUAAAAAAUAAAUCACAGCAUCCAAUACGUGCAGUUAAACUCGAAUUUAUGUCGGUAAAAGCGCGAAAUGAAAUACUUGAAGCUGGAGAAAUUUCUGCGCUACACUUAAAGAAGAGUUGUCCUCAAAAAAAUGAAUCAACAUGUAAAACUUGUGGUGAAAGAUCAACUAAUUUAAAAGAUCAUAACUGCUCAAGUAUUCCAAAAUGUAUUCGUUGUGGUGAAGCACAUGUCUCAAACGAUCAAAAAUGCAAAAUAGUUCAACAGUAUCGUGCUACGUUAACUCGUAAUCUCCUAGCAAAUGUUAUAACAGCAGCUCAUUAA